AUGCCACCUCCCCCAGACGCCGAUCUUUACGAGUAUGGCGAAGCUACCGGCCCAGCCAAGACCCUCGUGAACAAGCACAACGAGCCACAGCCGGUGAAGCUUUAUGCCGGCUGGUUCUGUCCCUUUGGUUCGUUCCAUUAUACUCCGUGGCGAGAAGUGCGCAAAAUGUCCCUAGUUCAGCGUUUUUGGACAGUCCUUGAAGAAAAACGUAUCCCAUCUCAGUAUAUCGAAGUAAAUCCAUACCAUAAGCCCGAGAGCCUCCUGGAACUGAAUGCGAGAGGCUUGGUGCCGCCACUUCAAUAUGACAACAAGCCACUUUACGAGUCGAGCGUCAUCUUAGAGUUCCUAGAAGACACUUACCCAGAGCAUGGACCAAAGCUGCUCCCUGCGGACCCUUACUCAAGAGCCAGAGCGAGGAUCUGGAUCGACUUUGUUACGACGCGCGGUCUUGAGCUGCCAAAUGAAGGUGAGGGAGGCGUCGACGAGAGGAGCUGGAAUAGGUGGAAAAAAUGGCUGGCUGCCAUCGAGGAAAAAAGAAUCAUCAAAGAGACUACAAGCGAGAAUCAAUACUACCUUCUCAUCUAUCAGAGAUACGCGGACAACACCGCCCAAAGCGAGAAAGCAACUCGAGCCGGCAAAGGCGUUCCAUAG